GCCCCGGGGGUUCGUGCAAUCGCCGGGGACCGAGGUGGGGAUUCUGGGAGGAAAACUCCAUUUCCUCCGGCCCGGCCGGCCUGGCCCGCCCCAUCCACCGAGCCCCCAACUUUGGAAGUGCGAGGCGCGCGGCGGCCGGGAGGGACCAUGCUGGGGAUGUACGUGCCGGACCGAUUCGUCCUCAAGGCGUCCCGGGUGCAGGACGGGCUGGGGCUCUACACGGCCCGCCGAGUGAGAAAGGGUGAAAAGUUUGGACCAUUUACUGGAGAGAAGAGAAUGCCUGAAGACUUGGAUGAAAAUAUGGAUUAUAGGCUAAUGUGGGAGGUCCGUGGAAACAAGGGUGAAGUUCUCUACAUUUUGGAUGCUACCAACCCACGCCACUCCAACUGGCUUCGCUUAGUUCACGAGGCACCAUCUCAGGAACAGAAGAACUUGGCUGCCAUUCAAGAAGGAGAAAACAUUUUCUACUUGGCCGUUGAAGAUAUAGAAACAGAUACAGAGCUUCUGAUUGGCUACCUCGACAGUGACCUGGAGAGUGAUGAGGAAGAUGGGCCCAUGACAACAGUGAUCAAUGAAGGGCAAAUGCAAAAUCCUGAUAGCCAAUUGACAGCAAGCAGAAAAGAUGGUUUUCGCAGCAAAGAGGACCAGACCUGUCCCCAGUGUGAAUCCACUUUUACCAGUGAGGUGAUUCUGGCCGAGCAUCUUCAGACCUUGCACCAGAAGCCCAUAGAGGAAAAGGAAUUCAAGUGCAAGAAUUGCAAGAGGAAAUUCCCAGUAAAGCAAGCUUUGCAGCGACACGUUCUUCACUGCAAAGUAAAAAGCAGCUUGAAAGACUCUUCUCAAAGUUUUCAAUGCUCCAACUGCAAUGCAUCCUUCAGUUCCACACCAAGUUUUGAGCGGCACCAGGAGACUUGCCGGGGGGAUGCCCGGUUUGUGUGCAAGGUCGACAGCUGUGGAAAGAGGCUGAAGAGCAAGGAUGCCCUGAGAAGACACCAGGAGAACGUGCACACUGGAGAUCCUAAGAAAAAACUCAUCUGCUCAGUAUGCAACAAAAAGUGUUCUUCAGCAUCGAGUCUGAGGGAACAUAGAAAGAUUCAUGAGAUAUUUGAUUGUCAAGAAUGUCGGAAGAAAUUUAUUUCAGCUAACCAGCUCAAACGUCAUAUGAUCACCCACUCAGAAAAACGGCCCUAUAAUUGCGAGAUUUGUAAUAAAUCUUUCAAGAGGCUUGAUCAAGUUGGGGCCCACAAAGUCAUCCACAGUGAGGAUAAGCCCUACAAAUGUAAGCUUUGUGGAAAGGGAUUUGCCCACAGAAAUGUUUAUAAGAAUCACAAGAAGACCCACUCAGAGGAGAGGCCCUUCCAGUGCGAAGAGUGUAAAGCACUGUUCCGGACCCCGUUUUCUCUGCAGAGGCACCUGCUCAUACACAACAGUGAGAGGACUUUUAAGUGCCAUCACUGUGAUGCCACCUUUAAGAGGAAAGACACCUUGAAUGUCCACGUCCAAGUGGUCCAUGAGAGACACAAGAAAUACAGGUGUGAGCUCUGCAAUAAGGCCUUUGUUACACCAUCUGUGCUCCGAAGUCAUAAAAAGACACAUACGGGAGAGAAGGAGAAGAUUUGCCCUUAUUGUGGUCAGAAAUUUGCCAGCAGUGGGACCUUACGAGUUCACAUCCGCAGCCACACAGGUGAGCGUCCCUACCAGUGCCCAUACUGCGAAAAAGGCUUUAGCAAAAAUGACGGGCUCAAGAUGCACAUCCGGACUCACACCAGAGAGAAGCCAUACAAGUGUUCUGAGUGCAGCAAAGCCUUCAGCCAGAAACGGGGCCUGGAGGAGCACAAGAGGACUCACACCGGGGAGAAGCCUUUUCAGUGUGAUGUUUGUGAUUUGGCUUUUAGUCUGAAGAAAAUGCUGAUCCGACACAAGAUGACUCAUAACCCCAACCGGCCCCUGGCAGAAUGCCAGUUCUGCCAUAAGAAGUUUACAAGGAACGACUACCUCAAGGUGCAUAUGGACAAUAUCCAUGGUGAAGUUGACAGCUAAUGGAAGCUGUAUGCGACUUAAACCCUUCACAGGAGCUUCUGACCUGGAACACAGAGGUUUCUCCCCUGAUGGACGUAGCAGAAGUCGCCCAAAGGAAUUCACUGGUCUCAGUUUUCACUUGCCUAAACUUCAGAUUCCUUAGGUGCAAAUGCAGAAAAGUAAAUUACUGUUUUUACCAAGCUUUGGAACAAACAGAAGAGAAUGACUCUGUUGCGCUGCCUGAUAUGGCCUGUGCUUUCUCGAGUAUAAAAACAAAGAAGGAAUCUUAACUCUUUCGUGGCCUUCUCCUCACAAGAAGCUUAUCAGUUUCCAUUAGGUCUUUCUACAAUUGUUACUCUUGUGUGUACGUCUCUGUGAAUACUGGUUAUUAUGAAUUUUACCCUAAAAAUCAAUAUGCCCAACUAUUUUAUUGCACAUGAUAUUUUGAAAGUGAUGUCUUUAUUCUUAAGUAUGAAGACAGGAUAAAACUUGCUUUCUCAGGAAACCUCAAAAAUCAAGCUUAUGCCUGACCUACACUAGGUCAGUUUCAAAUAGAGGUAUUUCAAAACCAAAGCAUCUUUUGCAACAUCUGUCCUUUUAAACAAGAAACCUUACUUUCUUCUCAUCAUAUGCUCAUGCUCUGGAAUAUUUUUGUAAGAUUGCCACAACAAUGACCAGGUCCUUCCCCUUAAAGCUUUAUUAAGCUGAUUCUCCUGUGUUCAUAGCCAAUUUUCUUUGCAAAUAAAAAGGGGAAGAGCUUAAGGACUGGGGCCAGAGAGAUAGCACAGUGGUGGGGCAUUUGCCUUGUGUGCGGCCAAACUCAGAGGGACCUGGUUUGAUCCCCGGCAUCCCAUAUGAUCCCCUAAUCUUUUGGGGGUGAUUUCUGAGUGCAGAGCCA